UAGCAGAAAACAAGAGUUGUACAACAAAUCUCGCACUUGCUUCGAUCGCUGGGUAGAACAAGGUGAGCCGAUUACGUAUUCGAGUUCGUUUGAUACUGUACUCGAUUGCAGUUCAGUGUUUCGAUUUAGAUAUCAUCGUUUAAUCUAUUUGAAAGAAAGUUCUCGAACGUUUUGAUUCCUGGGAGACUUUGAAUAUCAAAACUCUGAUUCAGGAGUCGCGAGAGAGACGAGACAAUGGAAGAACCAAUAAGAGAAGCUUCGCAACAAGUCUCUGAAGAAUUCAAAACUCUUGUUAAUGCACAUGAUCUCAAUUCUCUCAGACACUUGCAGCACCUCAUAUUGGGGAGGCUACAGGAUAGCAAUGCAGUUCUCUCCCAUUACAACGACUUUGCUGAGAAUUGCUUCGCUGAUGUGUCCUUGGAGUUCUCUAGAAACACUCGUCUUUUGAAAUCCAUGAAAGCCGAUCUUGAUUACAUCUUCUUGAAACUAAGGAGCAUCAAAAGUAAGAUUAUGGCUACGUAUCCAGACGCAUUUCCAGAUGAGUCCACCAGUGAUGCUUUUGAUCGAAGACCCGAUCUCGAGCUGCCUCAGUAACUAACCAACCAUUCACAAUACUCAGAUUGGGUAUGACGAAAGAAACACCUUUUUCUCUUUGUUGCUUCUUCACAGAGAACUCCUCGUUUUUCAUUACUGUUAUCAUGUAAAGUACCCCGAUGUGUGUCCCGACUCCUUAGAUAUUAAGAACCUAACAGCAAAACUAAUUCAAAACUGGUCUUGUUAAGUGAAGUAUUAUUAUUUCCUCGCCAUUAUCUUUAUCUUGUAUUUCAAAAUCACCAGAUGAAUAAAGCCUCCUCUGCUUCUACA